AAAAGUCAGUUCUAUCCCAAUUGUUUUUAUAAAAGUCGGAACGAUGGGACGCUUAGGUAUUUUUGUCAUAUUUGCGAUAUUUUCGGUGGGCGUGGCGCAGGAAUUCCGCCUGCCGAGAAACAUUCUCCCGACGUCGUACAAACUCGAGAUCAUUUCUGUCCUCGAUGAAAUCCCACAAUUUCCAAGGUUCUCAGCCCCAGGGAAAGUUUGGAUCAGGUUUGACUGCGUCGAAGCCACCGACGUUAUCAAACUCCACGUUCUGGAUUUGGAUAUUAACGAGGGGGGAAUCUAUGUCCACAACUCGGUCGGCGUCCCACAAUCGAUCCGAGGCUUUGGUUCCCAGCCAGAAUAUAAUUUUUUCCUCGUAAAUCUGACCACGGCUUUGGUUGCGGGGGAAAGUUACGAGCUUUACAUCCCCUACACGGCCCCCAUCUCACCCACGCGACUGGACGGCAUUUAUCUCGACUCCUACGUCGACCCCGCCACCAGCGAGACAAAGUACGUGUCGACGACGCUCUUUGCUGCGAAUAAUGCUCGUAGAGCGUUUCCCUGUCUGGAUGAGCCGGAUCUCAAAGCCGUGUUCGAAAUCAGCCUGGGUCACCACGCCAAAUACCACGCGCUCUCAAACGCCCACUUACUCGACACAAAUCCGCUACCAGAAAUAGCCACCUGGAUAUUGGACACGUUUGCCCCCACGCCACGCAUGUCGCCCUACCUCGUGUGCAUGAUCGUGUCUGAUUUGACGUACUCGGAAGCGCCGCAACCCUACCCGGACGCGGCCAUCCAUCGCGUCUACGCGCCCUACUAUUUCAUCGACCGUGGGGGCGGCGUGUACUCGGCGAAUCUCUCCUCCACCGUCAACGCCGCGUUCGAGUCCUACUACAAUAUUUCCUACCCCAUGAGCAAACUCGAUAACGUUGCCCUUCCACAAUUCUACUACACCGCCAUGGAAAACUGGGGUCUCAUGACCUUUGCGGAUCGGGCGUUGCUCUACUUUGAAGGGGAGACUUCGGCCGUGCAAAAGUACUCGCUCAGUUUGACGGUGAGUCAUGAAGUUUCCCAUAAUUUUUUCGGGAACAUUGUGACGUGCAAGUGGUGGACCUGGAUUUGGCUGAACGAGGGCUGGGCCACCUUCGCGUCGCAUCAAGGACUUCAAAUGACCUACCCCGAACUACGGCCUUGGGACAUGUUCAUCCCUCAAAUUUACCAGACCGCGAUGGCGAUGGACGAGUCCCUGAAUACGCACCCUGUGGCGUCCGAGCCUCUCACACCUGACGCGAUCGGAGGUAUUUAUGACGACAUCGUGUACGAAAAGGCAGCCACGCUGAUCAGAAUGAUGCAAAAUUUCGUCACCGAACCCAUCCUGCAGGAGGGAGUGAGACGUUAUCUGCAAAAAUGGCAAUACGGCGUGACGGAGCAGGACGAUUUAUUCCUGGAAAUCCAGGGAGCUUUGGACGACUCGGGUCAAGGGUCAACCCUGCUCCCACCCAGCAGCACGAUCAAAGGGAUCAUGGACACGUGGACGUUGCAGGCUGGCUACCCCCUCGUCACCGUGUGGCGGGUCAGCCCCACGCAAAUCCAGCUGUCGCAGAGGCAACAUGUGCGGAACGAGAUUCCCUCGGGGGACGAGGUCUGGUGGGUCCCCGUCAACUUGAACGUCCUCACCGGCCCAAGUCCUGGUCGGAGGAAGGUCUGGCUGGCAAACGAUGGCGUCAACCUUACCCUCAACGUGGGCGAGGAUGAGCUCUUCUUCGUCAAUCCAGAGUCAAUUGGCUACUUCCGUGUAAUGUACGGGUCCGAGAUGUUGCACCAAUGGGCCCGCCUGCUGGAAAUGGAUCACACCAAGUUGACACCAACCAUGAGGGCGAAACUGUUGGAUGAUUCUUUCCAACUCGCCUUUUCUGGACACAUUCCAAUCGACGCUGCCCUCGAUUUGACCAAAUAUUUGAACCAAGAAGUUGAUUUCCUCGUGUGGAAAAGCGUAGAGAAAAGUUUGACCAAAUUGGGAAACCUGUUACGUUCUGGAUCCGAUAAGACAGGCCAAUUGUUUAAUGAUUACGUCUCUGCAAAAAUUUCUUACUCCCGAUCCGCCCUACAAACCCAGCGAGCCAUGAUGGACGCCAUUUCCGUGGAUUACUUGGAUCAAGAGUUGACCCGUUUGGGACCAUAUUUCACUCUUGGGGAUGAAUCUUCCCCCUCCGUGAAAAGUACGGUCCAGGAAAUCGACUCGAUUUUAAAACCUGGCCAAGAAAUGGUCAAUUUGGAACAGGUUCAAGAAAAAGUAAGGAAAAUUGGUCAAAACGAAGCCACGCGAGGAACCACGUGGGAUCUUUUGACCGAACGGAUACUGAGCGUCAAGGAAAACCCUGGAGCCACCCAUGCGUUAAUGUCACUUCUCGAGCAAUUCUGCCCCUUCGGAAAUUCUGACCAGGAUCUUGUUCAAGUCAACCAAUUCAUCACUUCUACCAGAAGAAUGAGCUUUACUCGAAAACACCAGUCCAUUCUGACCUCUUGUGACGACACGAUUAAGAAAAAUAUUCACGCAAAAGCGAAAUUAGGUCCGCUCGUGAAAUCAUGGCUUAUCAAGAGACGAUAAUAACAUGACCAAAAAAUAAUUAUUACAAUUUUGAAGAUUUUACUUUCCUUAAGUAUUGAAUUGACAAUAAAAUAUUUUAAAAGUCAA